AUGUGCACUCUUCACGAUACGGAUAGCCAAGUGAACUUUCUGGUUGGCAAGAAUGCGUUGGACAUUGGGAGUAUAGACCUGGGUACUGGAAAAGCAUGGACAAGCAUCCACAACUUCGCGCCCAAUAACACCUUUCGUUCGUCAGGCUGGUAUGAUGCAGAUCCACGAACGAACGAGCCCCUGAGCGUGGAAAUGCUUAAAUGGGAAAGACGACCAAAGACAACGGCUACACCUGUGGCUCUUGCGCUUAUGUUUGCAGUCAGGCUACAAGGCAGUGGCACUGUCCGAGAGCAGAGUGUUUCUGUGGUGUGUGAAGGAUUUUCGACACGGGAUACAAAUGUCCUUCAGGUCAAAUUUAAAGACUGUUGGGAUAAAGAACCAGAAAUGACAUAUGCAACAGAUUCAAUCCCUGCGGCAUGUUAUGACGAAACAAAAACAACAACAACAACUGUGCAGUGCGUAAAAAGAUGCGCACACGAUGUCCAUUGUCGCUCAGUGUAUUACAGUCAAAAAGGUGGCAGAUGCGUCGCCGUUCUGUACGUCCACGCCUACCUUCCGUUACGGCAUCGAAGGAAUGCGAAACGCUGGACCUGUUUUCGAAAAAGUGCCGGAACACUCUAA